UGUAUUUCCUUUAAUUAUUCUAUCAAUCCUUCAGUGUCAUUGAUCAGAGCUUUUCUUAUCUGUCCUCCUGGAAUUUCAUUCUAGCGCUGACAGGAUUGAUCUUGUGAGUAUAACCGAAAAAGAGAUAUACACGAGUUUUGUGUACUACAUAUACAUUCACAUAGUAAAAUAAUAUAUAAAAUGAAAAUAAAUUUUAUGAUUGGAUUUUGUGUAAGUAUGUGCAUGUAAAUGAAUGCUCAGUGGAUGUUUUAAAACUAAUUAAAAUAAUUAUGGAUGAUAAUCAAGACAAAGUAGAGAUGACGAACUUGGUAUCGCCGCAUUCCAACGUUGGCAAUGACCAUUUGCGAGACGGCGGACCACAUGAAAAUCAAGCCUUGAAUUUACCUUCGCCGCCAUCUAAUUCGUAUGGAAGCACACUAGGUGGAAGCAUGCUUAGUAUAAAUCCUGAGGCUUCAACUGUUAAUUUGUUGAAGAUUGACCUGGAGAAGAAAAUAGAUCGCCAUACCGGUGAGGAACGUGAUAUGUGGGACAGUAGAGCGGAAUUUCUCCUAUCUUUGAUCGGGUACGCAGUUGGCCUUGGAAACGUUUGGAGAUUUCCUUAUCUUACUCAAAAGAAUGGCGGAGGUGCAUUUCUGAUUCCAUAUGCUGUGAUGAUAAUAAUCGAGGGUGUUCCCUUGUUUUAUCUUGAGCUUGCUGUAGGGCAACGAUUACGAAAAGGUGCUGUCGGGUCUUGGAAUCAAGUAUCACCGUACUUGGGUGGAAUUGGUUUGGCAUCAGCUGCCGUGUCCUUCAAUGUUGCGUUGUAUUAUAACACAAUAAUGGCUUGGUGUAUAUUGUACCUUGUCCAAAGUUUCCAGGACCCGUUACCAUGGUCAACGUGUCCGUCUGUUCAGCAUGGAAAUAUUACAGUUGUCGACGACGAAUGUCAGAGAAGCGGCCCUACAACCUAUUUCUGGUACCGUGAAACGUUACAAAUAUCACCUGAUAUAGAAUCAACACCUGGAUUCAAUCUGAAACUAGCAGCUGCCUUACUGGCUUCAUGGAUUCUUGUCUAUCUUUGUAUGAUAAAGGGGAUUAAAAGCUCUGGAAAGGUAGUCUAUGUAACAGCCACAUUCCCUUAUUUCGUUUUGGUAAUAUUCUUUUUUCGUGGUGUGACGCUUCCAGGGUUUGAAAAAGGUUUAGAGUACCUUUUUAUACCGGAGUGGAGUCGUUUGGCAGAUCCGGCUGUGUGGUUAGAUGCCGCUACCCAGAUUUUCUACUCGUUUGGUCUAGCGUUCGGGUGUCUCAUCGCCUUGUCGUCGUACAAUCCAGUCAGGAGUAACUUUGUGAAAGAAGCUUUGAUUGUUUCUGUGACGGAUUUUUUCACAUCUAUAUUUACAGCUGUUGUUGUCUUCUCUAUACUUGGUUUUAAAGCAACAAUGGCUUUUGAAGAAUGCGUGUCAAAACAUUCUGAGAACCAGACGCUGCAUGCAGGUCAAACUGCAGGAACUGGAAAUACUUCUUGUGAUUUUAAAGAGUUUCUAGAAGGGUCAGCGUCAGGAACGGGACUUGCUUUCAUUGUUUUUACGGAAGCAAUAAAUCAGUUUCCCAUCGCACAACUCUGGUCAGUUUUGUUCUUUCUGAUGUUGCUGACACUAGGACUAGACAGCAUGUUUGGUACUUUGGAAGGUGCCCUGACAUCUAUCAACGAUAUGAUGAUGUUUCCGGGUUUGAGAAAGGAAAUUCUAGUUGGUAUCACAUGUUUGGUAUCGUUUCUCGUAUCACUAGCGUUUGCUUCUACAACGGGCCCGUAUGUCUUUGAUCUGUAUGACUCGUACUGUGCUAACAUACCACUGUUAGUCAUAGCCUUCAUGGAAUGUGUGGCUAUAUCGUACAAGUAUGGUCUUAAACAAUUUAGUGAUGACAUAGAGAUGAUGGUCGGCCACAGACCACAUUAUUUCUGGCUGAUAUGUUGGAGAUAUGUGGGACCUCUAGCAAUGAUGGGAAUUCUGGCAGCAAGCUUGGUAGAAAUUGUAAAUAAAGGCACACCUUAUGAAAUAUGGGAUUCAUUAAAGGGAACAACGAUAUUAGUUCAGUGGCCUUGGUGGUGUCAGGUUCUCGCUGCUUUACUUAUCCUCAUGUCAACUUUGUGGAUUCCAGGUGUUGCUUUAUUCAAAUAUUUUAAUAUUGUACAAUGGAAAGAAGAAAUCCCAGCUUUCUUUCCAAGUGACGAACUCAGAGAAGAAAGAAACAUUAAGGAAAAAGAAUCUAAUUGGUUCGAGAAAUAUAUUUUAGGAUUUAAAUCAUAGAACUGUAUAGAAGUAUAUAAGCCGCGUCAUGACAAAACCAACAUAAUGGG